CUCAAUAGCAGUUUUCCCCUCUGUGUUUUAUUCCCAAUCACUGAUUGGAAUAGGGAGAGUGGAUUCCCAGAAUGUUGCUGAUCCUUCUCUCCAUCUCCCUGUGUUUUUCCCGGGUCUCUCCCGACACCCACUCACUGACUGUGAUCUACACGGCAGUCUCUGGCAUUAAGGAUUUUCCGGAGGUGACUAACAUUGCGAUAGUCAAUGGAGUUCAACUCAAUUAUCAUGACACUAAUAUUGGUCGGAUGGUCCCCAGGCAGCAGUUCAUGGUGGACUAUUUUGAUGCAGAGUACUGGGAAUAUCUCACAGGUCUCGGGAAUACACGAUCAGACAUGGCAAAGGAGAAUCUGAAUACGAUGAUGAAAAGUACAAACCGGACAUCUGGAAUUCAUGUGUUUCAAUGGAUAGCAAUUGCCGAGAUCACUGAUGACGGCUCUAUUAAGAGAUCGAUGCGAGUUGGAUUUGAUGGAGAGGAUUACCUCAGCUUAGAGCUAGAUAGAAUGAGAUGGAUUGCAACCAAUCACAAUGCAGUAAAGACUAAAGAGAAAUGGAAUGCUGAUGAAUCCUGGAACAAAUAUUGGGAAACACAUCUCAAGCAAGGAUUUGUUCAGAAUUUAAAGAGAUAUUUGCAAGCUGGAAAGCAGUAUUUUGGAAGGAAAGUUCAGCCUGAAGUGUUCAUCUCCAGGAGGGAGCCCAAUGGUCAGGACAAGCCGCUCACUCUCUCCUGCCUGGUCACUGGGUUUUAUCCUGUAGACAUCGAGGUGACCUGGCUAAGGAAUGGAGAGGUCAUGUCUGGGACCCAAUCCUCAGGGGUACGACCGAACCACGAUGGGACCCAUCAGAUCCAGAAAGAGAUUGAGAUCAAUGCUGGGAAUGAGGAUCAAUACUCCUGUCAAAUUGAACACAGCAGCCUGGCAGAGGGCAAGCUCUAUCAGUGGGAAGUCCUGAAAAACAGUGCAGGAUAUGCUCAUCUUGGAAUUGUGAUUGGAUUAGUCGCUGCAAUGGCUGCAAUAUUCGGAAUAAUCAUCUGGAAAAAACCCUGGAGAGGUUCACCAGGUGGGACCUACACAACAGCUCCCAGGAAGUGACUGAGGGGACAGAAUGUUGGGAAUGAUGGGAGAGGGAUUUGCAAGUACAGAGUUACAUUGCACUGAGUGUUCCUCAGGCUGACACAUCUGCCACCCUCCUCACUCUGAAGACCCUCAAACUCUUGUCUCUUAUCCCACUUCUUCCUCAUUUUCACACCUUCUUCCCCCCUCAUUCGUCUCCAUCCAAUUCUUUGCUUUUUCAUCCGUUAUCCCCCAUCCAUCACCAGUCAGUUCCUGUUCCCUCAGGCCCCAGUGUCCCACUGCCUCACCCUUCACUUCCCCAUCCCCCACACUGCACUCCCUCAACCCCACCAUCCACUCUCUCCCUCCAAUCCCUCUUCCUCCACUCCCUUUGUGCUGUGCCCCCUGGGUCUGGUUUGUUCAUGCUGAGGGGAAUUGAA